AUGACGACCAGACGACAACUGUUCAGUAAUGUCUCCGUGAUCGCGAGGGUGAAAACUGGUAGCGAUCACCGAGUGGUUAGAGGCACACUGAAACUAAACGUUAAGUUGGAGAGGUCUCGUCUAAUGAAGUCAACGCUCCGUCCCCCUCGUGCUUUGUUCCAAAGUCCCGAAACCUUUCAGCUCGAGUUACAAAACCGUUUUCAGCGCCUAGAAGACUGCAAUGAAGUGGACGAUAUGAAUGACAAGCUCGUGGAAACUGUCCAUGCGGUCGGAGCUAAGUUCUGCAAGACCCGCCGCAGAAGAACACAAAAACUCUCCGAUCACACUCUUAAUCUCAUGGCUGUUAGACGGGAGAUGAAGCUACAUUCUUCAACAGACUUGACAGCAUACAGGCAUCUGAACAGACAGAUCUCCAAAUGCAUGCGGCGGGACUUUCGCAACUUCAAUACAGCUCGUAUUGAAGAAACGAUCGAGCGGAACCAAGGCUCCAAAGUCUUUGCCAGAGAUCUGUCUGCCAGAAAGAGCCACCUGUCAAAGCUGAAGACAGAAUGUGGCAGCAUUGUUUCCGGGACACCUGAGAUUUUGAGUGAGAUUGAGAGGUUCUAUGGGCAGCUGUACACGUCAUCCGACUCCGUCCGUCUCAUCCGACACUAUUCCGAAGAUAUCCCGGACGUCAGUCUGAGCGAGAUUAGAAUGGCUCUCCAGCACCUUAAAAACUGUAAGGCCCCAGGCGAGGAUGGAAUUACAGCGGAGCUUCUGAAAGCGGGUGGAAAACCGGUACUUGAAGUCCUUCAGAAGCUCUUUAAUUCCGUCCUCCAUGGUGGCAUUACACCGGAGGCGUGGAGCAGAAGUGCGGUGGUCUUGUUCUUCAAGAAAGGUGACAACGCUCUCUUGAAGAACUGCAGACCGAUUUCCCUUCUGAGCCGCGUCUACGUGCUGUUUUCGAGAGUCAUUACGAAUCGUCUCGCGCGCAGACUUGACGACUUCCAGCCUCCCGAACAAGCCGGUUUCCGAAAGGGCUUUAGCACCAUAGACCACAUACAUACCCUUCGGCAAAUUGUACAGAAGUCCGAAGAGUACAAUUUGCCACUAUGUCUGGCGUAUGUGGACUAUGCGAAAGCCUUUGAUUCCGUCGAAAUUUGGGCGGUGCUGCAGUCCCUUCAGCGGUGCCAAGUUGACUGUCGGUAUAUCGAAGUGUUGAAGUGCUUGUACAGUAGGGCUACGAUGGCUAUCCGAGUACAGAACCAGAGUACGAAACCUAUCCAAUUGCAGAGAGGUGUAAGACAGGGUGACGUCAUAUCCCCGAAACUCUUCACCGCUGCAUUGGAAGACGUUUUCAAGCUUCUGGACUGGAAAGGAUACGGUAUCAACAUCAAUGGCGAGUACAUCACUCACCUUCGAUUUGCCGACGAUAUAGUCCUUAUGGCAGAAUAG